UAUUAGUAACAUUAUAUCAACCCUGCUUUAAAUUAUCGAGACACCAACUUCAAAACGUAGUUCCAAACUUUCUUCACAUUUUCUCGCAGAAUAGAAAAGAUAAGAAGAUGGAAGGAAUAGAACACAGAACAGUGGAAGUGAAUGGCAUCAAAAUGCAUAUCGCUGAGAAAGGCAAACAAGGACCGGUUGUGUUAUUCCUUCACGGCUUCCCUGAACUCUGGUACACAUGGCGCCACCAGAUUGCGACUCUCGGCUCCCUCGGAUACCGUGCUGUUGCUCCAGAUCUACGUGGCUACGGCGACACGGAUGCUCCGUCUUCAGUAAACAGCUACACAGGUUUUCAUAUAGUAGGUGACAUCGUUGCUCUCAUCGAUUUACUCGGUGUAGAACAAGUGUUCCUCGUUGGUCAUCAUUGGGGUGCUCUCAUUGGUUGGUAUCUAUGCAUGUUUCGCCCUGAAAGAAUCAAAGCCUUUGUGUGUCUCGGUGUUCCCUUCUUACGUAGAAACCCUAAAAUCAGGACCGUUGAUGGCAUGCAUGCUCUUUACGGUGAAGAUUUUUAUAUCUGCAGAUUUCAGGAACCAGGUAAAAUGGAAGCUGAGAUGGCUGAGGUUGGCACUGAAUAUGUUCUGAAAAAUUUCCUCACAACUCGGAAAAUUGGUCCUCCGAUAUUUCCAAAGGGAGAAUAUGGAACCGGAUUCAACCCGGAUACGCCUGAUACUUUGCCAUCUUGGCUCACAGAAGAUGAUCUUGCUUACUUUGUCUCCAAAUUUGAGAAAACUGGCUUUACUGGAGGAUUGAACUAUUAUAGAAACUUUAACCAAAAUUGGGAGCUGAUGGCACCAUGGAAUGAAGUGAAAAUCAAGGUGCCUGUAAAGUUCAUUACAGGUGAAUUAGGCCAGGCAUACAACAUUCUUAACCUGAAGGAGUAUGUACAUGGUGGAGGUUUUAAGGAAGAUGUACCCAAUUUGGAGGAAGUGAUUGUGCAGAAAGGGGUGGGUCACUUCAAUAAUCAAGAAGCAGCAGAGGAAAUUAACAAUCACAUUUACGAAUUCAUCAAGAAGUUCUAAGCUGAACUGCCAAUAAAAUAAUCACGUGGCAGAAUGAAGUGUUAUAUGGUUUAGUUGAAUUAUGAGUUGAUUUUAUUGAAUUAAUGUUAUCUUUUUAUUGUCAAAACAAAACUAUGGUUACAGUUGGAUUCAUUGAAUUAAUGUUAUGUUCUUAGUAGUUGCAUGUUUUGUAUUUGCAGUAAUGGUUCACUUGUACUCCAUUUACUUCGUUGAACACAAUGGUAUUAUGUGCUUUCAUUUAAUGGCUUAAUUGCUUUAUAUAC